CUCCAACCCAGACAUCCAACACUUACUAAGCUGGCUUACAACCGGCUCUCGGCACACGGCAGUUCAGCAACAACUGGUUUGCACUCGUAUUCUAUCUUGCAACUGCUUCUUCUUCCUCCCAUAAAUGGCUUCCCCCAACCGUCAACUGCCGCAAGGAAUCAUCGAACCAAGAAUCACAAGAUGCUUAGUAGUAGCAGAAGCAAAUCUUCCACCGGUCGCCACCCUGUUUACAAGGGAGUGAGGCGUCGGAGCAGCGGCAAAUGGGUGUCUGAAAUCCGGGAGCCCAAGAAGCCCAACAGGAUUUGGCUGGGCACAUUCCCUACCCCUGAAAUGGCCGCCGUCGCCUACGACGUCGCUGCCCUUGCUCUCAAGGGCAAGCAUGCCGAGCUCAACUUCCCCGACUCCGCUUCUUCCUUGCCCGUGCCGGCGUCUACCUCUCCCUCUGAUAUUCAGGUGGCUGCAGCCAGCGCCGCAGCCGCCGCCGGGGCUGCUAAAGAUGCUUUGUCUGCGGCCACUGGGGAGUCUUCUGCUUCAGUGUCACUGAAAGACAGCGAAACGGGAGCGGCGGAGGAGUUUGUGGAUGAGGAUUUGAUCUUUGAUAUGCCAAAUGUGCUGCUCAAUAUGGCAGAAGGACUGAUGCUCUCUCCUCCUCCGCUGGAUUGGGAUGCUGCUGCUCCCCAAGAUUACAUGUCUCAGGAUCCACACCUUUGGAACUUCCGUCCCUAAUUCAUCACCUCCUUUAUCUCCUUAUAUUAUAUAAUUAUAGAUAUAUAUAUAUAUAUAUAUACACGCACACUAAUGCUUGAACCGAAAAUUACAACAACAACAACAACAACAACAAUAAUAAUAAAGGUGAUCUGUAGUAAUAAAUUAUGGGAGAGCUCUCACAUUGAAACUUGCUUCCGCAUGACGAAAUUAAUGGAAUGUACGAGUGUCAGUGGUGUGUGCAUCUUUUCUUCCCUUACAUUUGCUUCAUUUCCCCUUCUAUACAGACCCUUAUAUGUGACGCUUGCUGCUGUCCUCAAAAUAUUGUAAAAUGCUUUUUCAUAUAUAUCUAUAUAUGGUGAUGCAAUGUACGAUAAUCAAACGAGCUUUUCAGUGUUCUCUUCUGAGGUUAGAGUUGCGGACCGUGUUUCUUGAAUCAUGUAAAAACCCCCCUUGCUUGCCUUGAAAUAACAGUGCGUCAAAAGUCCCGUGUAAUAUUAAUCAUCUGGGUUACCUUUGCCUUGGACGCCCGACCACUUUAGGUUUUGCCAAUAAAGUUGAAGGUCUGAGUCUCUUCGCGCACCUGUACAAGUUACAGCUUCGCUGCUUAAUUUGAGUCCUGCAUUAUUCUCGCGAGCCCAGAUAUACGGAUAUAUAGCCUUCCAACCUUGUUGGAAACUAGCAAGUUUAUACUUUGUUUGAAGUUCCGAUUCUGAUCAUCUGAUGGAUAAAAGAAUUGCUCUGAUGUACGUGUUCUA